UGUGAUUCCUCUUUCUUUCCCAACGUCAACAUGGCUGAUCAGAACGAACGUGCGUUCCAGAAGCAAAUCGGUGUUAACCUGAACCGCAAGCAGGUCAACAAGAAGAAGGGCCUCCGCUUGCACCACAGCAUUGGACUUGGUUUCAAAACUCCAAAGGAUGCCAUUGUUGGAACCUACAUCGAUAAGAAAUGUCCCUUCACCGGCCACAUCUCGAUCCGUGGACGUAUUCUGACGGGAGUGGUGCGAAAGAUGAAGAUGCAGCGGACGAUUGUGAUCCGUCGUGAUUAUCUGCAUUUCAUCCGCAAGUACGACCGGUUCGAGAAGCGUCACAGAAAUCUGAGCGUACAUUUGUCGCCCUGCUUUAGGGACGUUGAGGCAGGAGAUAUCGUAACGGUCGGCGAAUGCAGGCCACUGUCAAAGACAGUGCGCUUUAAUGUGUUAAAGGUCAGCAAGAUCGCUGGCUCCAAGAAAAAGUUCAAUAAGUUCUAAGGGAUUUAUAAAACAGGCGGAGAUAGGAAAUAAAAAAAUCCAGAGCAUCAGGAAA